AUGGCGAGCUCGUUUGAGAAAUCGGUAAAGGGCGCGACCAAGGUCAAGGCCGCGCCGCCGAAGACAAAGUACAUUGAGCAUAUCCUAGUCGCGACACAUUCGGGAGAGGCGGGCAUCGGAGAGGUGUUCAGGGCACUACAGUACCGACUACGCGACUCGACAUGGACCGUCGUCUUCAAGAGCCUGAUCACCGUCCACUUGAUGAUCCGGGAAGGCUCCGCGGACGUGACGCUGGCUUAUCUCGCCAAGCACAAGAACAUGCUGGCCGUGAGCAUAUUUUCUGACGCGCAAAUCCAGGGCCGAAACAUCCGCCACUACUCGAAUUACCUCUCCGAACGCGCGCGCGCCUACCGGGAAACCAAGGUCGACUGGGUGCGGUCCAAAGAUAAUCGGCUCGAGAAGCUUUCUGUGGAAAAAGGGUUGCUGCGGGAGACGGAGAUUGUCCAACACCAGCUCACCGCUCUGCUAAAGUGCGACGUGAUGGAGAACGAGCCGGAAAACGAGAUCACAAUCACCGUCUUCAGACUCCUGGUUCUGGACCUGCUUGCUUUGUUUCAGGCCCUGAAUCAAGCCUUGAUCAAUAUCCUCGGCCACUUUUUCGAACUGUCCAAGACAGACGCCGAGAGGGCUAUGGACAUCUACCGGGCCUUCACGAGACAGACGGACUAUGUGGUGCAGUACCUCAGCGUCGCUAGGCAAUACGAGCACCACACGAGGGUCGAGGUUCCAAAGCUGAAGCACGCUCCCGUCAACUUAGGGCGCCAACUCGAGGAGUACCUGAAGGACCCGGACUUUGAGAUCCACCGGAGACAAUACCUGGCCGAGCUGGAAGCGAAGAAGUCAAAGGGCGGAUCAUCGGGCGCUUCGAAGUCGACCAAGACGGAAUCUGCAAAGACCUCCUCCAGUGCAAAUGCGACGAGUUCGCAACCGCCAGCAGCCGCCAAAUCAGAGCCCGCCAAGGGCCCAGACGCCGACCUCAUCGACUUCUUCGAAUCCAUCGAGCAGAACCAGACGACCAUGGCAGUGCAGCCGCAACCCCAGCCCCAGCCCCAGCAGCAGCAGCAGGUCCAAGCGCAGACGCAGAUGCAAAUGGGGAUGUCGCCAUGGGGGCCAACACCGUUCCAACCGCAGCCUCUACCGCCGCUUCAAACCGGGUUUGUCUCCCAGCCCACCGGAUUCCAGGCCGGCGUGCCGUUCCAGCCGCAGAACCAGCCCACAUUCUCCCCAACUGCUGCACAAUCGCCCCAACAGAUGCAGCCGGCCUUUACGGGUGUCGGCUUCGGGGGAUUCUCAGCCCAGCCCCAGCCUGGCUUCCAACCAAGCUCCCUCUCCCCGAUUCCGCAGGACUCUGUCGCGAGCUUCCAGAACUCGACAACGCCUUCGUUCCAGGGUCUCCAGCCGCCACAGCAGAGCACCAACCCAUUCCGUCAGUCUAUGCUCAUGAACCAGCAGACCGGCACGCCUUUCGCUCCAGCACCUGCGCCUGCGAACACCCAGCAGCGUCCCGCGACGAGCCAGUCCACUAACCCCUUUGCCCGCUCCUCGCCACAAGCAGCCCAGCCAUUUGGGCCUCCGGCGGCAAACUCGCCGUUCCAGUCGCAGCCUACCCAGCAAACCGUGGCAGCGCCGGCGCCCAUGCAACCUUUGCAGACGGGAACCAAUCCAUUUGCCAAGAACUUUGGCCCUGCGCAGCCCGCUCCGCCGAUGCAGCAGCAACGACCAGUCACCGCUGGCGGCAUUCUGUCUCAACCCACCGGCAGCACGAACCCGUUUCGACAGGGCGCUUUCGUCAACCACGCUACCGGGCUUGGCUGGCAAAAUAACCAGCAGCCCAUAGGCGGCGGGCUGGACCAGCUGGAGACAAUUCCGGUCUUCCCACGGCCCGCUCAGCAGACACCUUGGCAGCAGUGA